GGUCCCAAUAUGUCAAUAGUGUGUUAGAUCGAUGUGACUGAGCGGCAGUUUUUCUGGGUUUUCAUGGAAAAUGCCGCCUUCCUUCAUACUCCUGGGAGGCCUGGUCUUCCUUGGAUGUUUAGGACUUACAAGUUCUUACCUGAAUUUGUACAUGGACGCCGCAGAAACGCUGAGACUACUCGGGAUCACAGCUGAGCUGUACUAUGUACGGAAUGGCAUCAUCAACAACUACGCCUUGUCUUUCAACCUCCCCAUCCCCGCUAAAGUGGAGAACAUCUACUUCACCUGGCAGAACCUCAGGGACAAACCUGCAAUGUACUACAACAUGAAAUUCUCUGUUUCUCAUCCACGGGCUAUGAGACAGCCUGAAGCGAACAUAUCCAAUGGAGGAACCGUACCCAAAGACCUACAGGUGUUCCGCGUGAAGCUGCCAUGCACGGGCGAGAUGAGUGCGGAGGUGGACGUCACCAUCACCAUGGACAUCAGCAUCUUCUCCGCAUCCAACCUCACCGUCCUCAACUUCAAGAGGAGGAAGAUGUGCAUCAAAGAUGGAGAACUUCUGAAAGAUUAUAAUCACAUGAAGACAUUCAACUUGAGUUCUGCAGAUCCAAGCAAGGUUGGGAACCUGACGACAUCGACACACAUCUUCUACAUCGCUGUGGGCUGCGCCUGCGCCUUCAUUCUCCUCAUCGCCCUCGCCGUCGCAGUCUACUACCUCAACUCACAGAAGGGUGGAGACAGAUACUCAAAACGAAUGAACUACUAUGACAGUAGCAGUUCGCAAGCACUGACGGCACAGAGUCAGACGUUUCUACGUCCAGACACGCCCAACAACGCAAGUGGAGCUGGCCUCCCGAAUUUCCGUCGAGGGAUCUCCCCCGGCCCUGUGUCGGAGCUGAAACCAGUGGACAUCAAGUCGGUCCUUAAUGAAAUAGCCAUCGAGAGAAAGAGAGUGUCUCUGGGAGACUUGCUUCUCGAAGGGACAUUUGGCAGAAUAUACCAUGGCACGCUUGUUGGUGAAGAGAAUGAAGUAGAAACGGAAGUAUAUGUUAAAACUCUGUCAGACCAGGCCAGGGCGGACCAGGUUCAGGUGUUUUUCAUGGAGAGCUGCAUGUUGAAGGGUUUCGUCAGUCCCAACGUGAACCCGCUGAUUGCCACGUGCGUCGAGACCGACUGCCAGCCCUACAUGAUCUACCCGUUCUCUAACGAGGGCAAUCUCAAAAAGUUCCUGCAGAAAUGUCGGAUGUCCGAGUGUGGGUCGAGAUAUACGUUAUCAACACAGCCGCUGGUGUACAUGGCCAUUCAAAUCAUCCGAGGUAUUCAGUAUCUGCACCGGAAAAAAGUCAUACACAAAGACAUCGCAACACGCAACUGUGUUGUUGAUGGUGACUAUAUAGUGAAGAUCACGGACAAUGCGUUGUCGCGGGACCUGUUUCCGGCGGACUAUGACUGUCUCGGAGACAACGAAAACAGACCCGUCAAGUGGAUGGCAGUUGAGGCAUUGCUUGAUCGACGCUUUUCUCCGGCUAGCGAUGUUUGGGCGUUUGGUGUCACCCUGUGGGAGAUGAUGACCCUAGGUCAGCAGCCAUAUGCCGACAUCGACCCGUUUGAAAUGUCCGCCUACUUACAAGAAGGCUAUCGGAUAGCUCACCCACACAACUGUCCUGAUGAACUGUUUGCUGUGAUGGCGUGUUGCUGGGCGAUGACUCCGGACGAAAGACCUAAGUUCUCCCAGCUCCUCGUGUGUCUACAGGACUUCUACACGGCCCUCGGUCGCUUCAUCUGAACACACUGCCAUCUUACUCUCAUCCAAUCUGCAUGAGACACGAACUGUACAGACACUGGAAACCAUUGUACAGACACACAAAAUUACAGUCCCUGUAAAGAUGAAGUAUAUGACAACUGAAAUUCAUUGUACUGGUAUGAAGUAUAUGGCAACUGAAAUUCAUUGUACAGACACUAAAAUCCAUUGUACAGACAAACAAGUUACAACCAGUGUAAAGAUGAAGUAUAUGGCAACUGAAGUUUAUUGUACAGACAAAAAAAUUAUAGUUUGUGUAAAGAUGAAGUAUAUGGCAACUGACGUUCAUUGUGCAGACAAAGAAGUUACAGUCAGUGUAAAGACAAAAGUAUAUGGCAACUGAAGUUCAUUGUACAGACAAACAAGUUACAGUCAGUGUAAAGAUGAAGUAUAUGGCAACUGAAAUCCAUUGUACAGACAAAUAAGUUACAAUCAUUGUAAAGACAUGAAGUAUAUGGCAACUGAAAUUCAUUGUACAGACAGACAAGUUACAAUCAGUGUAAAGACAAAAGUAUAUGGCAACUGAAAUCCAUUGUACAGACAAACAUGUUACAGUCAGUGUAAAGACAUGACAUACACAGCAACUGAAAUCCAUUGUACAGACAAACGUGUUACAGUCAAUGUAAAGACAUGACGUACACAGCAACUGAAAUCCAUUGUACAGACAAACACGUUACAGUCAAUGUAAAGACAUGACGUACACAGCAACUGAAAUCCAUUGUACAGACAUGAAAGUGGUUAUUGUUUGUGACAAGGAAAUGAAUCUCUCUGAAUUUGUUUCGGUAACACGGCAGAGGGUGCAUGAAAGGGAGAAAAAGAAAAGUGAAUCUUAUUGCAGAUAUGGCCGAUGAUGAAAUAUUUGUCUUUGUAAUUGUAAUGCAGUUUUGAUCCACUUGCUCCGAUGAAUAACUUAGUAUAUUGUUUGUUACAGGCAAAGCCAAUAUCAUCGAAUGUCUCUUGAUUGCUUGAAAGACAUGGAAAGGAAAUCAUAUUGCAGAUAACACAGUCUGUGAAACAUUUCUGUCUGUAGUUGUUAUGUGUGGACCUAGGUUAACAUUAGUUUUUGUCACGAAUAUUGUUUCACAUGAGCCGUGCAUUACCAUGCAAACUUGCGUCAAAUACUAUGUAUUUGAUGUUACAUAUACUGAAAGGUACAUUUUAACAGUUAAAUUCUUAAAUCAAAAUAAAAACCGAACUUAAAAAAGUAAAAAAAAUCCUGAUUAAUAUGAACAGGGAUAUAGUUAUGUGUGCGGUAAAUAUGUAUUAAUGUGCAUUUUAAUUAAAAGAGUGUUUCCUGGUAGUAUUUGAAAUGUCUGAAGAAGAAUGAAAUUGUGGUAAUUCUUUGCAUCUAAGUACAGAGUAAGCUGCCCUUGAACUGUUUUGCUUCAGGUAAAUUGGAGGAGUGAUAUCCCCUUGUGUGGCCAUAAUCAUUUGGUAAAAGAGUUGUCUCCCUUAGCAGUGAAUAAGAAUAUGUGAGAGGAACUUGAAAGAAAUGUGUAAAUUGGAGAUGCACUGCAAAUUGAGAUCUUAAAAAUUACGGAUGUCUGUGAAAGAAGUGUGCACACAGUAAAGACAUGUUAGAAUGAAGUGAAUACAGUUUAUAAGCAUCUGUGACAGAGGUGCAGAUAACUUGAAGAAUAUGUGAAAGAAGUGCACACAGUUCAAAGCGUACACAUUUUAAAGGCAACAAAUGAAGUGCAAGCAGCUUAAAGGCAUCAAUGAAACAAGUGCACAUAGUUCAAAGGCAAUGACGAAAGAAGUGCACACAAUUUAAAGGCAAUGACGAAAGAAGUGCACACAAUUUAAAGGCAUCAAUGAAAGAAGUGCACACUUUACAGGCAUCAAUGAAAGAAGUGCAUACAGUUCAAAGGCAUCAAUGAAAGAAGUGCACACAGUUCAAAGGCAUCAGUGAAAGAAGUGCACACACUUUACAGGCAUCAACGAAAGAAGUGCACACAGUUCAAAGGCAUCAGUGAAAGAAGUGCACACACUUUACAGGCAUCAACGAAAGAAGUGCACACAGUUCAAAGGCAUCAGUGAAAGAAGUGCACACACUUUACAGGCAUCAAUGAAAGAAGUGCACACAGUUCAAAGGCAUCAACGAAAGAAGUGCACACAGUUCUAAGGCAUUAGUGAAAGAAGUGCACACACUUUACAGGCAUCAACGAAAAGAAGUGCACACAGUUCAAAGGCAUCAACGAAAAGAAGUGCACACUUUAAAGGCAUCAACGAAAAGAAGUGCACACUUUAAAGGCAUCAACGAAAGAAGUGCACACAGUUUAAAGGCCUCAGGGAAAGAAGUGUAAACACUUUAAAGGCAAUAAAAGAAGUGCACACAGCUUAAAGACAUCAGUGAAAAAAGUGAGCACAGUUUAAAAUCAUCAGUGAAAGAAGUGAGCAAAGUUUAUUAAAGGCAUAGAAAGAAGUACACACAGCUUGAGAAGUGUAACACAUUAAUUUGUCGUCUGCUUCCUGUGUCGGUAUUACAGUAUUAUAGAGAAGAGGAAAGGAAAAGGUUUGAGAAGACUUGUUACAACUGUUAGCAGUGUUACUGCAGAAAUAAAUCAAGAAGACAAAUCUAAAACCUUUCUUGAUUAACUAGUGUGCUAGUGUAUGUAUAGAAUGUAGUAUGUUACUCAAUCUAAUUAAAAUUAGCUCCACUAUUACAUGUGGAUCUAACACCAGCCAGUUCGAGCUCAUG